AUGAAAUCCAUGAUUGUUGUAGCUUGCUUGGCGCUGGCGUGCGGAGCGCAUGCUUCCGGAUGGGUUGGCCCACCGGCCAACAUUGCCCUGUCUCAAGACGGUCGCAACAUCUUAGACACACCUGAAGUAGCACAAGCUCGUGCUGCCCACCUUUCUGCCCUGCAACAAGCCUCACAAAACAACCCCAAUCCCCAAGACGAUGGUUCCUACGACCCUCGUUGGGACAACGAAGAGUACUGGCAAGGCGCUCAACAAAAAUGGAACGGUGCGCCCGCUCAACAGUGGAACGCUGCCCCCGCCCAACAGUGGAACGACAACUCUGGAAAAUGGAACGGUGACGACGGUCAAUGGAACAGUGACAACGGUCAAUGGAAAGCUGACAACGGUCAAUGGAAUGGUGACAACGGACAAUGGAACGCUGCCCCCGCCCAGGCAUGGAACGGUGCUCCCGCCCCAGUCGCUGAGACCCCCGAAGUAGCACAGGCCCGCGCUGCCCACCUCGCCGCCCUCAACGCCGCCCCCGCCCACAACCAGUGGAACUCUGCUCCCGCGCACAACCAGUGGAACGCUCCCGCCCACAACCAAUGGAACGGUGCUCCCUCCUGGCAAGGUCCCCCUGCUCAAAUCAGAUUAGCCCACAACGGCGCUGGUAUCCUAGAGACCCCCGAGGUAGCCGCCGCGCGCGCUGCUCACUUAGCGGCCCACGCACAAGCCGGUCAUGGAGCCCCCGCUCACCCUCAACAGCGUUGG